AUGGGCCUCUUUUCGCGACGAACUCACAACACGGCGACAAAUGGUCAUUCGAGCAACGGCCACGCUCUUCGUCGUGAAAAACGAAAUGGUCGAGCGCCUUUUGACGUUGACUCUGGCGACUUCAACCGCAGACCGAGCUUCGGGCAAUGGCUCAAAUUCACAUGGGUGGAUAUUUUGACCAUGGCUGCCAUGGGCGCCAUCGGCCUCGGAGUCUAUGAAGCCAAACCUGCUCCUAGCCGCUCAUUCCCAGUCACGUUCUCAGAUGGAGAGAUUGUCUACCCCGAGUUCGCCUAUCCCUUGCGCCAUGAAAUCGUCCCGAUUUGGCUCGCCGCCCUUCUUGCAUCGUUGAUCCCGAUUUUCAUCGUCUUGUGCAUGCAGAUUCGCAUUCGCUCUUUUUGGGAUGCCAACAAUGCGAUCAUCGGUCUCCUGUACUCUCUCAUUGGAGCCGCAGUAUUUCAAGUGUUCAUCAAAUGGCUCAUUGGUGGAUUGCGACCCCAUUUCUUGAGCGUCUGUGACCCAGACCCGGCAUUGAUGGCUGCUCACCCUGGCCGAGGGUUCCAAAAUAUCAUGUUCCAGAGAAACAUUUGCCGGGGAGAUGUCGACCAGAUCGACGACUCACUCGAGUCCAUGCCUUCCGGUCACACCACCGCUGCAUUUGGUGGCUUCCUCUACCUCUUCUUUUACCUCAACGCCAAACUCAAGGUCUUCAGCAACCACCACCCGGCAUUUUGGAAACUCAUUGUAACCUAUGCUCCAUUGCUCGGUGCUUGUCUGAUUGGUGGCGCCCUUACCAUCGACGAAUUCCACAACUGGUACGAUAUCUUGGCCGGUGCCAUUAUUGGGUCUGUCUUCGCUAUCUCAAGCUAUCGCAUGGUCUAUGCCUCUGUCUGGGACUUCAGAUUCAACCACAUUCCCCUGACUCGCCACACUCCGUUCUCCUACGGUGCAGGCGCUGCCGGUGCCGGUGGCUUUGAAACUGCGGUCUUCACCCGACAGGCUGGGUGGGGAUACGGGGAGCACUAUGGCGGCGCGCCCUUUGAUGCGGCGCAUGGGCUUAGAGGGCAGGCAGCUGGGUUUAAUACGGGUGCAGUGCAUCAUGAUCGUUACCUUAACAAGGCCGAAGGAGAUGUAGAGCGCGAUGCUGGCUUGCAUCCGACAACCGGUCUCCAUUCGACAACGGGCACCACGAACGGCUAUGGAAAUGGAACCUCGUCCGUGAGAGAUCCUCCCGCUGCCGUGACAAACGGCACAAAUGGCUACGGCCGGACGAGCUUGGAGCGCAAACCUGUUCCCACUGCAGCAUGA